AUGAACCAGGAAAAAGUGGCCAAGCUGCAGGCACAAGUGGGCAUUGGUGGGAAAGGAACUGCUCACAGAAAGAAGAGGGUGACUCACAGAACAGCCACAGAAGAUGAUAAAACACUGCAGUUCUCCUUAAAGAAGUUCUCUGGUAUUGAAGUGGUGAACAUGUUCACAAACCAAGGAACAGUGAUCCAUUUUAACAACCCUAAAGUUCAGGCUUCUCUGGUAGCAAACACCUUCACCAUUACAGGCCACGCCGAGACAAAACUUGCCAAUGCGAAGGAGUACCUCUUCAAGUUUAGUGGCCUCCUUUGCAGCCUAUCGGCCUUGGUGUUCGAGAUAGUCAUCGCAAGCAGCAAAUUCUGGCGCCUCUGGGAAUUCGAUGACAAGCUUGUGCAAUUUGUGUCUUUCGGACUGUGGGAAGCUUACUACCCUCAAGAAUUUAAUGUUUCAGGCACUGUAACCAAGAUUCUGGUGCACACCCCUAUCAAUUCCACGUGGACCAUUUCACCUGAAUUUGAGUACACACGGGCCCUGAUAAUGGGGACUGUUUUGAUGAAGCCUGUAGUUCUGAUUUUCGGUGCAAUUGCCAUUAAGAUUGGCUUCAUGAAAGACCCAUUUAUUGAGAUGCAGUUAUAUUGCUACAAGGUUGCUGCCUUAGUUUUGUGUGUUAGCAGCAUCUUCACAUUUGUUUCUGUGAGCUGGAACCACUUUGUAGAUCAUUAUGGCCAAACCACUCUUGACUUUCCACCUGACUUUCCAGUUAAAAAAGAAGCCUUAAUAAGCAAACACUAUACUGUUGUGUUCCCAAUAGGGGUACUGAUUGCCACUAUGUCACUCUUUGGUGUUACCUUCUUUCUCUUUGAGAUAAACUCUUUGAAACUAAAGAGUCAGGUGAAGGCCAAGUGUGCUUCCAUCGUGGCCGAUCAAGAGAUAUGA